UGUCUUUCUCUCUGCUCAACUCUCAGUGUACUAGAUAUGGAUUUUGGUUGGAUGAUUUUAGGUUUGCUUAAUAUGGGCGUAGUGUGAUAGUUCUUGUUGCAAUUUUACUUGCUUGUAUGGUUGUCAAGAACAUUUGGAGAAAGAAAUUGGGUAUUUUCAGUUAUGCUUCAUGAUUUGAGUAAAGAAAUGAAUUCUGGAAAUGACAAUUUUUGGUUGGGUUGAAGUCCUAAAGAAGCAACAAGAGACGAGGCAGGUUGCGUUGUUGGCAUAGGAGGCAGACUGGCAGAAUCAACUGGGAUUUAGAGCAGGCCUUCAAUUUGAAGCCUGAUUGCAGUGAGAUUGGGGAUGAUUUCAUUGUUUUUCGAAGACUGAUGAUGGAAUGAUGCUCAGGUAUCUUGAACAAACAACUAAUUUUUUUGGUUCCUGGGCACCAGUAAUCCAAUUGCUCAAAUCAUAUGUGUUCUUAAAGAAGACAUUGAAGUUAAGCAACGAGGACAUCAUUGGCUCUGGAGAGUAUGGGACAAUUUAUAUACUUACACAGGAUGACACCAUGGCCUUGGCUGUGAAAAGAUUGAACAGAGGAAGUGCAGAUAGAGAUCGAAGAUUUGAGAGGGAAAUUGAAGCAAUGGGGGAUAUAAAGCACCGGAACAUUGUGACUCUUAGGCCAUGUUUGAAAGGAUUGGGUGUUGCGGAUGGGAAGGCUGCAGAUGCCGGCGUUCGUAGAUUUGACGGCUGGUCAGGUGGCAAUGGCGGCAGUGUUGGAUCUCUGGUUGAUGAUUUUCUUCCCGAGCAAGACACUGGGAGUGUCCAGCUAGGCCUGCUGGGCUUUCAUGGUGGAUGCAGGCCUCAGUACCUGGAUUGGGUUUUGGGCCCAAAGGGCAAUUAG